CGUCCUUCGCGCGGGCAGGGAGGGGAGGUGAGCCCGCCUCCGCGUCCGCACUGCAGCCCCGCGUCGGCUGCUGGCGUACUCAGCACGAAUGGCGACUCCCAGUCCCAGCAGCUCCGGCACAGCCUCCAGCCACAGCGGCGCAGGGCCGGGUCAGCAGCACCAGGGCCAGACCACCACCGUGAGCAGCAUGCAAGGUAAACGCAAAGCACUGAAGUUAAAUUUUGCCAAUCCACCAAUCAAACCGACCACACGGUUCAGUCUGAACACGGCGGUGCCACCCUUCCAGAACCCACACAUAGAGCGUCUGCGCACACACAGUAUUGAGUCGUCGGGGAAAUUGAAGAUUUCUCCAGAGCAGCACUGUGACUUCACGGCAGAGGACCUAAAGGACCUAGGGGAGAUCGGGCGAGGGGCGUAUGGCUCCGUCAGUAAGAUGGCCCACAAGCCCAGCGGACAGAUCAUGGCUGUCAAGAGGAUCAGGUCCACGGUUGAUGAGAAGGAACAGAAGCAGUUGCUGAUGGACCUGGAUGUGGUCAUGAGAAGUAGUGACUGUCCGUACAUCGUCCAGUUCUACGGGGCGCUCUUCAGAGAGGGAGACUGCUGGAUAUGUAUGGAACUCAUGUCUACCUCGUUGGACAAAUUCUACAAAUACGUGUAUUCCACGCUGGAGGAUGUGAUCCCGGAGGAAAUCCUAGGCAAAAUCACACUAGCUACUGUGAAAGCACUUAACCACUUAAAAGAAAACUUGAAAAUAAUUCACAGAGACAUUAAACCCUCCAACAUCCUCUUGGAUAGGAAUGGUAACAUUAAACUGUGUGAUUUUGGUAUCAGUGGUCAGCUUGUUGACUCCAUCGCAAAGACCAGAGAUGCAGGCUGCAGACCUUACAUGGCUCCUGAGAGGAUAGACCCCAGUGCCUCCAGGCAGGGCUAUGAUGUGCGUUCAGACGUCUGGAGUUUGGGAAUCACACUGUAUGAACUAGCCACAGGGCGGUUUCCCUACCCAAAAUGGAACAGUGUGUUUGACCAGCUCACACAGGUGGUGAAAGGAGAUCCUCCCCAGCUCAGCAACUCUGAGGAGAGGCAGUUCUCCCCCAAAUUCAUCAACUUCGUCAACCUGUGCCUUACAAAGGAUGAGUCUAAAAGGCCAAAGUAUCGAGAACUUCUGAAACAUCCGUUUAUUAUGAUGUAUGAGGAGCGUUCUGUAGACGUCGCCAGUUACGUGUGCAGGAUCCUGGACCAGAUGCCAGCCUCCCCCAGCUCCCCCAUGUACAUGGACUAAACACACACUCACACUCACACACACACUCACACACGCACUCACACACUCACACUCACACACACACACACACACACUCUCACACUCACACACACUCACACUCACACACACACACACACACACACACACAUCCAUCUGGAGGGGGAAAACAGAAACGCAAGCUAUUGUGUAAAGAUUUGCUUCAUCAAAAA